AGGGGCAUUAUACAAAGAUUUUAGUAGCUAGCAGUGAGAUAAGUGUCAAAUGAAACUCAUGACAAGAAAAAAACAAGAGCACCAGCCUUAUUAUAACAAAUAAAAUAGAUAGGGCCAACCGGCCAAGAGAAAGAUUCCUUUCAUUAAAUUCCAAAAAAUGAAAAAAAAAAAAAAAAAAAAAUACAAGCUGAUGCUGAUAGCCUCAUUGCCAACGAUAAUAACUAAUGUCAACCAACCUUGUUCGGCUUGGUUUUCCUUCGAUGACGGAACCGUCUAAGCCAGGAACAAACAACCCAAAUAUAAUAUCAGACGAUAAAAAGAUUUAGAGCAACUCCAAAAGCCCCUCUGAUGAUCACAAGCAAAACCUCUGCCUAAACAGUAACUAAACUCAACGAAAAGAGAGAGGGAGAUGACUUUGCAGUUGCAGUCAUCCCAAAAAGGGACUGUGAUAGUGGCUGUCGAUGCAAAUAGGACUACAGGAAGCGUGGAAGCCGUCGAAUGGGCUCUCAAGUAUGUCGUUAAACCUGGUGACGUCUUACUUAUUUUAGGAGUUUUCACUGAUCACCCUGCCAAGAAGAACUCUUGCUUUCCGGUUAAGUUGCUCAUGGGUCUCGGCGCCGUCUCUGGAAUAUAUGAGGCCUUAGAAUUCGUUGAUCACGAAGAAGUGGAUCCUGUCGAGCUUGAAGAAGAAUUUGAGCGAAAAAGAAAAGAAUACCGGAGUAUCCUUCAGCCUUUAUAUCGUCAGUGCUCAAAGAAUGAGGUGAGUUUGCUGCUUAAACUUGCAGCUGGGUUUUGUCCAGCGAGACUGGCAAUCAAGGAAUCACAGAACCUUAUUACACGUUGGAUCAUAUUAGACAGUCACUUUAAGAAGUCGAAAGUUUAUCUACGAGGACAUGUAACGUGCAAUAUUGCAGUAGUAAAGGAAAAAGGUUAUGCUAGCUUGAUGCUAUCGAAUGACUCAGUAACUCCUGAAGAGCAUCCUGGGGAAAAGAACAGUAAGGGUUUCAGUGCUUACGAGUUAAGAAAUAAAUCUGCACCCGCGCCAUAUCCUCACUAUCCUUGUUUCUAUCCUCUGUCUUGGAGAAGUGGUUUUCCUCGAGUGUUUUCUUACAACGAACUUGAAGUGAUAACGAACGGCUUUGCUGAUGAUAACAUUAAAGCAGUCGUGGAUGGCAUGGCAGUUCAUCAGGGAAUAUUACAAGAUACACCUGUUUUAGUGAAGUCUUUACAGAUAACAAACAAAGGUUUCCAGACAAUCCUAGAGAUCCUUUCCCAGGUGCGCCACCGCAACAUCAUGAACCUUGUUGGGUACUGCAGUACAGGCGUUUCUGCAUUUUUGCUUUUCGACUUCCCUUGUUUGGGUACCGUUCAAAUGAACUUGCAAUGUGAUGAGUUGGCUGAGAAAUUGGAGUGGGGAACAAGGUGGUCUAUCGCUCUAGAAGUAGGCAGAAGCUUACGCUAUCUCCAUGAGGAGUGUAUUGAUGGACCAAUUGUUCACAAAAAUGUUCGUGCUUCCAGCGUUGCUCUAUCUUAUGGUUACUCCGCAAUGCUCUGCAACUUUGUACAUGCUGAGUGGCUUAAUGGUAUUUUCUCCCCGACUAAAGCUUUGAUAUACAAAUACGACGAGAGCCAUUUUGGCGACGUAUAUGAUUAUGGGAAAUUCCUACUGGAGCUUAUUACUGGAAAGUGUGUAAGUCCCGUGCACGACCAAGGGAAGGACCCCAUGAUCGAAUGGGCACUGCCACUUCUAGAAAAUGGUGAGUCCGGUAAACUGAUGGAUUGCAGAUUGACGGAAUCUGCUGGUGAUGCUACGAUGGUCCGGCAUAUGGCUCACGCUGCGCUGCGCUGCCUAAAAGUUGAUUCAGAUCACAAACUGUCUACAAGUGAGGCCUUAGCCAUUGUUCGAGGUGAUGAACUUGCGAUUUUCAACAACUGAAAAAUGAAAUAAGUGAGAUUAAGAAUUUGUCUUGUCCGAAGUUAGACAAUGCGUCUAUGAUGUAUGAUAACAUGGCUAAUUAAACGCUUUCUACUAAUUGCUUAGCUAGCAACUUGUAAUGAUCUUUUAAAUAAUGGCACUGUUCUUCAAUAUUUGUUUUUAACUGCUUCUUUUUUA